UCUCAGUGCUUUGAUAUCCCUCAGAACUGGUUCGACAAUCAUUUAUACUACAACAUUUGUCUUAGGAGCCUUGAAAACUCAUAACAUCAGAAUCCAACACGAAACCUACUUUCUAUAAAAGAAACAAAAAUGUUGGAGUUUUAUGGGAUAUUCCCUGUCGUAUUUUCACUAAUUGUAUUGCAACUUUGCCACUCGAUAUAUCGUUGGAGGAACCCUAAAUGCAAAGGCAGACUUCCUCCAGGAUCCAUGGGGUUUCCGAUAAUCGCAGAGACUUUUGAAUUCAUGACGCCUUAUGAUUUCAGUUCUGUGGUUUCACCGUAUCUAAAGAAGAGAAUCUCCAGGUAUAAUUCAAAAGUGUUUCGGACAAGUCUAUUUGGGGCCAAAGUUAUAAUCUCAACUGAUCAUGAAGUGAAUAUGGAGAUGGCAAAGUCAAGUACCCAGUUAGGCGCCACUGAGAGCUUACGGCGGCUCUUUGGGGAAAACAGCGACUUCCUCCAGAGGAAGGAGAUUCAUAAAUAUGUCCGAAACCUAACUUCUAGAUUUGUCGGCCCAGAAAACUUAAAAACCAACUUGAUUCAAGACAUAUAUGUUUUGUCUCGCAACUACUUCGAAAUGGAUGACAAAGCAAUAAGCAGUUCUUUUGACAUCAAAGAAGCAGCAACCAAGAUGGUGGUAGACCUAAUCGUGAAGAAAGUGAUUGGUGAAAUGGAAUCUGAGGCGGUCAGAGAACUAGGACUUUGUUGGACUGCUUUCCGAACAAAUUGGUUUAGUUUCUCUUACAGUGUUCUUGGAACGACUGUUUAUCGAUUCGUGAAGGCUCGGAGUAAGGUGACAAAACUGCUAAAGGGCGUGAUUCAGAAGAAGAAUGCGUCAAAGGAAUGACUGGGAGAUUUCCUGGACAUUUUAUUCGAUGAAAUGAAGAAAGAUGGUGCGUCUUUGGACAUUGAUAGAGCCGUCAAACUCUCUCAAGAGACCACUCCCGGAAUUUUAGCAGCAACUGUGAAGCUCGUUGCCGACCACCCGGAUGUCAUGGAAGAACUAAAGAGAGAGCACGAUGCCGUGAUUGAAAACCAGGGUGAUAAUCAGGCAGGCCUAACAUGGGAGGAAUACAAGUCUAUGACUUUCACUCACAUGGUUAUCAAAGAGACGCUUCGGUUUACUAGUGCACAACCUACGGUACAUAGAAUACCCACUGAGGACGCUCAAGUUGGAGGUUAUACAGUACCAGCUGGGUGGUUAUUUUUUGGUAUUCCUUUAGUUCAUUUCGAUGAAGAAAAGUAUGAGGAUCCACUCAAAUUUAAUCCAUGGAGAUGGAAGGGGAAAGAUUUACACGGUACAUUGUCCAAGGAUUACAUUCCCUUUGGAGCUGGUGCCACGCUUUGCGUAGGGUCUGAGUUUGCGAAGUGUAUAAUCGCUGUGUUUCUCCAUCAUUUGUCUAGAUUCAGGUGGUCCUUGGACCCGAAAACUAGAGUGCUUCGAAGGUAUAUGCUUAUGUUUCCGGCUGGCUGCAGAGUCGAGAUUGCAAAGGAACUAAGUGAUCAGAGUUGAUUCUCUUCUCAUAUAUGUUUGUUUUUCUUCUCAUAUCUGUUACAAGAAGCAGGAUGCCAUAUAAACAAUUGACGCUUCCUGUAUAAUAAUUUGGCAUUGUUUGUAUGAUUAUUUAGUGUUCGUUACUUAUGAACCUUUAGCAAUUUAUUGUCAAAAAUUUCGGCCACAGUUUGUAGGGAAUUGACUACAAAGGAGUUAAAAAGGCGAAAUAGACACCAUCAUUUUUUGUUACGAAUUUUGUUCGUGGCAUUUGGUUUGAAAAAACAAAAUUGCAAAUGAUGUAGAACUAGACCCAGUCACAAUAUAGUGACAAUUUGGACAAAUUUGUUUCUCUUUUUACCUAAGGUCCAUAUUAUGAACUCGUUGAGAAAUAAAAAAGCUCUCGAAUGAUCGAUGUCGACGAUUGGAAGGUUUGGUGGUGAAGGCUAGUUUCUUCUUCGCUUUGGAGCCCUGAAGAUGAAUCAUAUAGUUUAAAGAAACAGAAAAUAUAUUAAAAAUAUAUUGUAUAAAAUAUAUUACAUUAUUUCCUACCCUGUAUGACCCAAAUAUAUUGUUUAAAAUGUUGUAAUCUUUUAGUAAAAGAAAACUGUUGUAAUUACUAUUUAAAAGAUUUAAAAAUUAAAAUUUCUCUUGUUCUCUAUUCCAUAUUUUUAACUAUUUUUCAUUGUUUUCGAUCUUUUUAUUAUUCUUUCUUUUUUGAUAAAAUAUCAUUUUUGAUAUUUUUAUUAUUCUUUCUUUUUUGAUAAAAUAUCAAUUUGAUUAUAAAAAUGAAAGAAUAAGGUCAUUUACAAAUGGUGGAACUUAAAGAAUAUACAGCAGCAGAGUAUAAACGAUAAAAAAAGAGAACAUAAUCAGCACUGACCAAUUCAGUCAUAGAUCGCUAGCUAUCGUUGUAAGUGACCCUCAGACUUGUGUGCAGUAUCAUAUUUGAGUGCGAGAAUACGGUUACGUAUGGUUCUAUCAAUCAGUCUACUCAUAUGCUCUGUUCCCAUCCAACUAAUUCGAUGCCGACAUGCAUUUCUCUCCCUCCAGAUUAGAUACACUGUCACUUGGAAAGCCAAACGGAUCAACACAUAAUCCAUUCCUGAGAAGGUGUUACUCUGCAAGAAAGUCAUAGUAUCAUUCCAGUCCGGCGUUGUACCGUUGCCUAAAGUCGGCUGGAACCAAGUCGCGCGUUUCGCGUUUCGACAUCGAUCGAUGAUACAUGAUGUACAUUGAUCGAUCAUAAUCUUCAAUCGUUGAGGCUUCUCUUCUGUAUUGAUCGACGGUACUGGGUGUGCAGCGAUCAAUUGCUUCUUCUGCAUAUCGACCUCUAAUGGUCAGCUCAGAUGAAAUCUCUUUUAAGCUCCUAAAUGUUCGAUAAUCAUCACUUCACUCCAAGAUACUCCUGAACCUGAAAACAUACCUAAUAUGAUAGAAUAUAUAAUAUAUAGAUAGUAAAACACUUAUAUACCAUGGAUGAAAAUGGAUUAAAUCCAUGGUAUAUCAAACAUCAAGUCGUACACACUUCUCGGUAGUAGGGUGAAGCUUGACAAAACCACAUGUUGCACCAGCCAAACACUUGAGCCCCUUGUAGGAAAAAAGAUGAUUUGGCACUCCUUUAAGAUCCACCCACAUUGGCAUACUAGACAGAUCCGGAGCCGCUGAGAGGAUGUAGCAGGUGACCACUCGUUGACCACUAGUGGGACAUCUGAGAUAUGCUAGUACUUCCGCCGAAGAACCCUCGAACGGGUCUAUGGAUUUUCCACACGAAAUAGGACCAUAUUCUUGUCGAUGAAGUUUACGUCAAUAUUCUGCUUGGAGCCCGGGGAAUUCCAUAGACGAUUGAUUGUAGCGUGAACGGAACCCACAUGAGGAGCGUCGCCAAUGAAAUAUCCCACCACGAAACUCUUCCAGAGAAGAUUCAGAUCAGCAAGGAUCGCCGAUGGAAUCUAGAUUGAGGCCUCACCAUCAACGAUUUCAAUCGUUCCUCUCUCCAAAUUAGAGUCGUCGUCAGGAGGAGGUUUCCGCCAGGGUGAAUCGUCGAGACCCGCCGCCAGGAGAGGAGAACCUCGCGAUUCGAGUCGCUGUUGCCUUCGUCGCUUAGGGUAGCUUUUUUUAUAUAGUGUCAGAGCAAUAACUUCUUUUUUGUCUCUUCCACAUCAAUUUAUUUUACUUUAUAUUUUCUAGACUUGGCCAUAGAAAACUCAAGACAAGUAGUUAUUGCUAUAAAAAUAUUAUGUAGAUGCACUUUUUUUAAUAGUUUCAUUGAUUAUAUAAAAUUUAAAUACUUUAUUUUCUUUUUAUUACUUACUAAUGUUUAGAUUUGUGGAAAAAUUAGUUUUGUAGUUUUCUAAACAACCCAUUAAUUAUUAAGUUAUCUAUCUAAUCACAAUUCAACUAAUAUAAAUAAAUUAUAUAAUAUAAAAGUAUUAUAUAACAUAAGAAAUUAAUAAAUUUUACGUUCAAAACCUAAAACAGCAUCCAAUUUGAAAUAAAUAGUUUUCUCUAAAUCGUUACUUAUUAAAAAUUUAAGAAAGUAACGUUUCAAACUACAAUCACGUUCUUCCGCACGCAUCCGCACGCAUCCGCAUCUGUAUCCACGUUCACUGUAUUUAUACCAGUUUUUGGUAAAUGAACUCUUCUUUACUUAUGGAUAGAUUUUGCCCGGAAAAAUAAAUAAUACUUGUAUAUGUACACCCGUAACCUCUUCCUUCCUUCCAUAAAUUCUUGUUGCGUGGACUUCAUAGAUAACUUUGUGAAAAUUUCUCUUACACGUGACCGGUUUUUCUUUUAAACUUUCUUUAAACUUUUUGUAGUUGUUAAACUACUUUUUUUUUUCAAAAAAAGGGCAUUCUUGUAGUUGUUAAACUUAACUCCUAACAGUGGACAAUUCUAGAUCUUGAUUGUUUACCACUUUACCUGAUUUUUAGAUUUUAAAUUUUAACUUUUGGUUUUUAGAUUUUAGCUUUUAGUUUAAAAUUUUAGAUUUGUGUUUUCUGUAGCUUUCUAGUUUUUAGAAAAACUUGAAUGGUAAUUUAAUAUUUAACUUUUGAGUAUAUUUAAGUUAUUAUUUCAUUUUAAAUUAAAACUUAAUGAAAGUAUUUGUUAAUAAUAAAAUAAUGUUUACUAGGAAAAUAAUAAAUAAAAAAAUUACCACAUUAAAUAACAUCUAUUUAUUUUUCUUAAUUUUUUUUUAAAAAUAUAUAUCUUAAAUCCCACUAAAUGCAUUUUUAUAUCAAAGUCCUUCCAUGUAUUUCAUGUAAAUAAAAUAUUAUAAAAUAUCAAUUGCUAGAUUUUAAAUUACUAUUGAUUUUAGACAUAUCAAAUAGUGCACAAUUAAUAUUUAUUUUUUUGUUUAAACAAAUAAAAUCAUUUAUAUAUUUAUAAAACUAUGGUAAAAGUGUAAAAUUGAUCUUUUU